AUGGAUAUUGAUAUCGUUAACGAUAGCACAACCGAUUUGUGCUACACAGAAUUCUCAAAAGCGUUGACUGAAUUUGUUUACAAUCACUUCAAAAGAAAUGGCAAACACACUUCGAUUUCCAGCAAAAAUGAAGAUGACAGUGAAACAAGCUACGAAGACCCAAUCGAUCUGAUAAGAGAGUUUCGUUCAAUUGCUGCUAAAAUGGCAAUUAAGGAAUCUUCUAAUGACGACGGCAAUUCUAAACUUUCCAGUGAUUUUGAAUUGGAAGCUAAAUUAUGGCAUUUAACCGAAUUGAUCUUGGAUUUUAGAAUGUCAUCAGAUGAUGAUAACUUAGACGGUGUAUCAAAUAUUAAAGCCAAACCUUACAAUUCAAACAUUGUUUACGAAAAGGAAUGUUUAGAAAAUAAUAAAAGCUUACAUGAGAUAUGGAUUAUAAUAUAUUGGUUACAGAGUAAUUUACCAAGAGUUGAAAGACCAAACGAUAUCCCAGGAACGAAAUGGAAUAACACAAUGGUUUCUGGUAAUUUACAUAGUGUAGAUUUAGAUUCUCCUUUGCGUGACGCUAACGUAAUUAUCGAUGCGAAAGACAAAGUUCAAGACCAUGUGUUCUAUAAAUAUAUCUUUGAUUUAUUGUUGUGUGGUGAAUACGAGAGAGUAUUUGAAGAAUGUAAAUUAUCAGAUAAUAUUACAAUGUACAUGAUUCUUUGCGGUAUGCAAGAAUACGUCGAUCCGGUUGUUGACUCACAACUUCGAAAUGGAUUUGAAAAACAACAAGGUGUUAAGAAACGUAUAUUGUGGAGAAGGGCAGUUUAUAAUCUGUCACUAAACGAUUCUUUAGAUUCCUAUGAACGUGCUAUUUACAGUUAUUUAGCUGGUGACUUCCCGAACGAUGAAGAGGUGAGAUCAAAUUUAAGCUGGGCUAAAGAACUACUAAUAUAUCUGAACCAGAUAAUGAAUAUUGAAAUUGAAAAUUAUUUAAUGAAAGAAGAAAAAGUUACAAAAGAUGAACUGAUACUAGCAUUACCAUCUAAAUCUAUGGAUCUGCAAUCUAUAUUAAAUCUCCUAUCAAAUAAAUAUUCUACAGAAGCAGCACAUCCACUAAGAGUGUUAAUCGGAGCUGUGAUCUUAGAUACUUUACCAUCCGUGUUACAUUCAUCUGUUUCGAUGCUAAUGGACGUAGUCAACGGAAAUGAUGACGACAAUGAUUUAUUUCAUGAAGCAUAUUUAUUGAGAAUCGUCACUCAUAUGAGCAUAUUUAUUGAAUUACUCAACCCAGAAGUAGUAUCCAAAGAAGAUAACUAUAAUUUAAUAACGGCCUAUAUUACUGUUCUAAGAUUACAUUCAUUAUUAGAAUACAUUCCAGUAUAUGUCAAAUUUAUAGAUUCUGAUAAGGGCAUAGAUGCAUAUUCGUUUAUUCUGUCGACAUUGAAAGAUCCUGACACUAGAUUAAAACAAAUCGAGAUCUCUAAUAGUUUAUACCUACCAAUAGUCAACAUAUUAAAAAGAACAACUGAAAGAGUCUUUUCUGAAACAGAACAGUCUUAUAUUCCAAAUACAGAGGUCCUAAUUACUAAAGGUGUCUCGGAUAUUGAUGAACAUUUAAUUUUAGCGGUUGAAUGGUUAAUUUUAGGUAAACAAUAUGAAGACUCAAUUGCAUCCGUGUUAGCAUUAGCUAGGAGAUUUUUGAUUAAUGGAAAAGUUGGAGCUUUAUCGUUAUUGUUUUCAAGAAACGAGCUCUCUUCUUUAAUUAAAAAUUAUCAGCUUACUAAAUUAGAGAACUCAUCAUAUGAUAGUAAUAGCGAUUUUUCUAUAAAGGAAUUAAAGGAAUACCAUUACUUGACAGAUAUAUUUAAACAGUACGAGGAAUGGCAUAAAUCGAUUAAGCUCUUGAAUACGCAAUCAAAUAUUCCAAGUUUGAUUGAAAAAUUCACUGAAUAUUCAAAAAACACUACGGAUUUGAUUAAAUUUUUUUUAGUUGAAUUGACAGCUAAUACAGAUGGUGUAGAUUACGAUAUUUUAUUCGAAAUUAGAGCAUUGUACACACCAUACCUAAUUAUCGAACUUCACAAAGGUUUAUUAGAAGCUGCAUCAAUGUUAAAAAUACCUAAAUUCUUGGAUCAAGCAUUAAGGUUUACAGAUUUAGUUGCAAAUGAAGAGAGCAAAAUAUAUUUAUUGUUCCAAUCAAGUGGCAGAUUAAAGGAAUAUUUGAAAUUAGUUGCUUAUACAGCCACAUUAUAA